AUGGAACAUUACAACUGGCUGGUCCAAGCAAGACUGAAGAAAUUAACACUGACAAAUGUAGGUAAUACUCAACAAGGAGCAACAAUCCUUCUGGAUGCACAUACGUCUAAUGAACAGCAGAUACUUGUCCUAAGCAAACAAGUGGCUGUAUAUCCUGCAUCAGGAGAUAUUCAGACUCAUCAGAUUUUUGCCAAGCAAGCACAAAUUCCCACAGACAGUAAUGAUGACAACUCUGUCACUAUAUCUUCUCAGACAACCAAAGCAAUUAAUCUACAGUUAAAAAGAGAAAUAAGGUUGAUGAAAAACAAAGUAGCUGCUCAAGAAUGUCAUAGAAAGAAAAAAAUAUGUUGCGUUUGGAAAAUUGAAUUGCAAUCUUAG